GUUGAGCUGGACUGGGCAACCUUGGCAUGCCCACAGCCUCUGACGCAUGAGGUGGAAGAUGAGACAGUCCACCCCCUCAUCUUCGAUGACCCCACGACGCCUCAGCCAGACGACUACUGGCUCCACCCCUGUGAUUGCAUCCCACCAGAGUGGGGCCUCGGCUGGCCAGCAAACGCCAUGAUUGCGGAGGGGCUGCCUGCGGACAGCGAUGGUUCUUUCAUUCCCCCGCCGCUGCUUAUCGUCCAGGGCCAGUUCGCCUGCCCCUCCAGGCAGCUGCUACCCGGCAAGCGUGGGAUCUACUUUGAGACGGAGGCAGAAGCCUUCGAGUCCGCCGAUUGUCAGGAGCGCUGCAAGGAUUUUGUCGACUGUGCAUUCUACUGGACUGGCACCUCCCAUGGAGCACAGACUUGUCGCCUCUUCAGCGGAUGCGACAGCUUGGUUCGGGAGUUCGGCAUGGAUGGUGAUCUCUAUGCCUUGCCCCAGAACAAGAGCUGCCUGGUGGCAAAUCCCGAUGUCUGCUGGAAGACCACGCUUCGCAGGCAGUUCUUGACUCAAAAAGAGAGCGUGGCGCCCUCUUUCCAGCACUCUGCUUACCGCUACAAUGCAGGAGGGUUGGCGGAUUUCCAGGGCAACGCCUCUCUGUUGCUGGACCGCGAGUUCACCUACGAGGAGAAGUUGGGAGAGACCUCGACCGUCAAGCUAUUGGGCUGGACUGAGAUUUUCAAGCCGAUGGGUUAU